GAUUGAGUUAAUCUGUUGGUUAAUGAGUUUAGCUUAGUUUCAUCCGUGUGUAUAUAUGUGUAUAUCAUAUUAUCAUUGUAAGCUUAAUGAUUAGAACUCAAUACAUUGAAUGACAUUUCUUUCUCCUUCUCUGAUAACUGCUUUUCUCCUUCUCCCUUCUUUCUUUCUCAUCUUCUUCUUCUUAUGUGUAAAGUACAUAACUCAACCUUGAGCUUCUGAAUCAUUUCAUGGUUCCGAGCCAAUUUCUGGAAAAAAUUACUUCUGUCUAAAUUCCGCUAAAGGCAGUUCAUAAUCUGUGUGUAACAAAUUCAAGAACAAUCAAGAUUGCAAAGAAUUAUUGAUGGCUAUUCAAGGAAGUACGUCUGUCUACUGAUGUCAGUGGAGUCACUGGCACAAUAUCAUCAAAUGCAGCUAAUUCAACUGCUGCACAGACUGAGAGCAACACAAAUGCUCAACCAGUUCCAGGAACAACUCAAACAAUUGAACAAAAUCAUCCUCUCUUCUUGGGUUCCUCUGAUGUAAGUGGAAUUUUUUAAUCUCUUUUCAAUUAGUUGGGUCUGAAAAUUAUUCAGUUUGGUACAGAUCUAUGAGAUUAGCCUUGUUAGGAAGAAACAAAUUUGGACUAGUGGAUGGAAUCUAGAAAAAACAAAAUUUCAGAGAAGAGUUUUGAGAACAAUGGGAGAGGGUUAAUGCCAUUGUACUUUCUUGGUUGGUAAAUUCAAUUUCAAGUAAUUUGUUGAGUGAUGUUGUGUGUGCUUCAAAUGCUUAGUCUGUUUGGGAAGAGUUGAAAGAGAGGUUUGACAAGAUUAAUGGUUCAAGAACUUAUAAUAUGCAGAGGGAAAUUGCAAGUUUAACCCAAGAAAAAGUUCUGUAUCUGCUUAUUUUACUAAACUCAAAGGAUUCUAGAAUGAGUUUGAAUCUCUUAUGCCAUCUCCGGGAUGUAAUUGUGAGAAAUCCAGAGAUUUCUUGAUAUAACUUCAAAGACAACAAUUGUACCAAUUUCUGAUGGGACUAAAUGAAACUUAUCAACAGGCUAGAAGCCAAAUCUUGCUCAUGCCCCCAUUACCCUCAAUGAAUCAGGCAUGUGCCAUGAUCAUAAAUGAUGAAGGACAAAAGGCUAGCACCAGUAUUGCAUCUAGCUUAUUGGGUGCUGGACUUUCUAGUUUUCAUAGGGCUGGUUCCUCAAACCAAGUUGGGGCUAUGAAAUCUGUUCAUUAUGAUCCUAGCACUAUAUGCUAGAAAUGGGAUGAACAAUUCAGGUACUAAAAAAUACAAGAAAGAUUACAGUCUACAGUGUGACUUCUGCAAAAUGAAAGGGCAUACUAAGGAAACUUGUUAUAAACUGGUUGGUUACCCUCCAAGUUCCAAGAAAAGAAAGUUCGGUCAAGGCUAUGGCUCAAGCAAUGGAGGACCAGGAAAUGAAGGUUCUGCAGCCUACAAUGCUUCUAUGGUUAAGAAUGUGACUAUGCAGAAUCAAGCUACAUAUCCAACAACAUAUCCAACUACAAGUCAAGGAGAAGAGAAUCUCAUUACUGCUAAUAUGACUGACUUGUAUCAAAGGAUAGAAAAGGGAACAUGUCACAACAAUCAAAUAUGAAUCAACAGCUUGGAGCUUGUGUGUUCACUCAAGAGCAAUAUAGUCAACUCUUGCAGAUGUUGAAUAAAAGCAGUGCCUUCUCAGCAAAUGCUAAUAUAGCUGGAUUAGAUGACAUGUCAGGUAAACAAAAUGAUUUGCAGGCUCGGAAGGUAGACUUUGAGUGGCUAAGUAAGCAGCAAGGUCUUGAGAUACAGGUUAACGGAUCUCUCAGUAGGAUACCAGCUCAGCAGGUAGUGUCGUGGUACUCCAUUUGCUCCGGAGUUGCUCUGUCAGUCAGCAUGGUUGCAUAUGCAUUUUCAUGGGUAUGGUGGGUCAUGUACUCUAGUAGAGGCUCGUAGACAGAUAUGCACAGUUAGAUGUCCUAUGGCCAUCUCGGUCUAUAUGUUGUUGUGUCAUUAUUAUGGAUAGUCUUGCCAGCAUAUGUACUUGGGAUUAACUUGAUGACGUAUGUAUAUUAUGUUUUAGGCUUGUGUCCCAUACAACUUAUGUAUCUACGAGUUAGCAUUAUGGUCCACUCAGUUUUGACUAAGAGAUGCAUGUAUGUGGUACUCGGUAGGUUAGCUCCGGGUGCCGGUCAUGGCCCUGCGGUUAGAUCGUGAGAAUAAGCAAUGUGUGUCUCAUUGCUGAAACCAAAGAUGAAUGGAUUGUAGACACAGGUGCUACAAACCAUAUGGUG